CACUGGAUUCUGAUGCCGACACCGUUCGAGCCAUUAGAGAUUUGAAGAAAAGGAUGGAUGGACUUGAAGUGAAGAUUGAUGAAAUCAAGAAGUUGUUGGUGGAGGUUGUUAUGAACCUGAAUUCAAGUGGCCGAAGGAGAAGAUCUGUCAGAAUUCAGAGACAGAAGAGAGCAAGGGGAUCCGCAAGACAGCAAGCGCGCUUUUCAAAGGCUGCUGCGAAAGAUGAUGAGGAUUUAGAAGAAGAUGAUGAAAUCGAGGAGGCUAUUGAGGAAUAUGAGGAGGAGACUGGAGCCGAUGAAGAUGAAGAUGAGACUCGGGAAAAUAAGGAGGAGAGUAUGGAAAGUGAGGACGACACUGAGGAGACACGGGAAAAUGAAGAGGAGAAUGCGAUUGGGGAAAAUGAGGAUAGAGAGCAAAUUGAGGGAUCUUUAAUUUUUGUGAAACUCUUUGUAAUGGUUUUUGUGCUUUGUAAUGUAUUUUUUGGGGAAACACUUUAGAUUUUUUUUUGAAAGCUUUGUGAUGGGGCUUAGUUUAUGACUGAAUUGUAGAUUUACUUUCAGAGCCCUCACAGAGAAUAACUGUCUAUUUUACCU